GUGUUAAUUAUUUAGCGCGUAAAUAUUAGGUGUGAUACUGUUGUCAUUUCCUCAUCCGGUCUCUUGUAAAGUCGUCAUCAUGAAGAUUGAAGUUUGCAGUUUCAGUGGUUAUAAAAUUUAUCCUGGUCAUGGGAAGCGCAUGGUUAAAGCCGAUGGCAAGGUUCUGCAGUUCCUUAACUCAAAAUGUGAAAGGUCCUUUAAAAUGAAACGUAACCCUCGAAAAAUAAACUGGACUGUCUUGUAUCGUCGAAAGCAUAAAAAAGGUCAGACUGAAGAGGUUGCAAAGAAGAGAACUCGGAGGACAGCUAAGUUUCAGAGGGCCAUUGCUGGAACCACUCUCAGUGAUAUUUUGGCCAAGCGUAAUCAGAAGCCUGAAGUAAGAAAAGCUCAACGGGAACAGGCCAUAAGGUAAUUUUUUUUUCUUCAGUUCAUAAGA